AUGGUUACUUCAACUAAAAAAACCAGUAAUAAAAUAUCAACCACUAAUAGUAGUGGUAAAUUAAAACCAACAUUAAAUAAUAAAAAAAAUGACUCGGUAGUUAAGAAACCACUUCUUUCAGAAGAGAUUAUGGAUAUUGUUACUGGUGCAUCCAAUAUAAAAAAAUCAAUCGAUCCAGAAUCAAUGGAUUAUUUUGGUGAUAGCGCUAAAGUCGAUCAAUAUGAAGAUUUUGGUGAUAUUAAUGACGAAAACUCAGGUUCAAGAUUAAGAGGUGAUAUUGAUUCAGGAUUUACAUCUGGUAAAUAUUCAGGUAAAAAAUCAUCAAGAAAGAAUGAAAGGGAUGAAGAAGACGAAUUUAACCCAGAAGAAGAGAUACCUUCAGAAGACGAUAAAGACUUAGAUGAUGUUUUUGAUUUUGAUGAUAAAGAAGAUGAUAUAAGUGAUGAUGAUGAUGAUAAUAUUGUACAAUCCUCAAAUAUCGAUAAAGCUGAUCAAUUAUUUAAAAAACUUCAAAAACAACAACAACAAUCAAACGAAAAAGAUGAAAAAGAACCAAAACUUUUAAAUAAUAUAAAUGAAUCUGACGAAAUGGAAAAAGCAAAAAAUACAAAAAAUCAAACUGUUUUAUAUAAUGAAUUUUUAACAACUAGAAUCUAUUUACAAAAAGCAAUUAGCUUUGCAAAUAGAUUACCAAAACCAAAAGCAUAUAAAGAGUUUAUCGAAUAUGAUAAAUCAAUUGAAAAUAAAUUUGAACAAGUUAAAAAACAAUCAUGUCAAUUAGUAUCAGAAUUAUUUAAUCUUCAAAGCGAAUUAAUCGAUAGAAAUGAAGAAAUGCCAAAGAGCACAAAUAAAAAGAAAAGAAUUAGAGAGGAUCAAAGUUUAUCUGAAGUAUGGAAUAUUAUUGACGAGCAAAACCAAAGAUUAAAUGAAUUUCACAAUGCCACAAUCACCAAAUGGAAUAAUAGAAUCAGCAUCAGUGGCACAACCACAACUAAAAAUUUAAAAUCAUUAAACCAAUCCAUUUUAACUCAAAUUAGUAAUACUUUAAACGAUAUUGAAAGAUUACAAAAAAGAACAAAAUUAAAAAGAAGUACUUAUAAAAUUUUUGGUGAUCAACAAAUAAAACAACAACAACCACAACAAGAACAACAACAAGAACAAGACGAAGAUGAAGACGAGUAUGAUGACGAAAUUUUUGAUGAUUCAGAUUUUUACCAAAACUUAUUAAAAGAAUUAGAAAAUAGUAAUGACGAUGAUCAAAAUCAAGUUGGUUCUCAAUACUGGAUCGAAAUGAGAAAUUUAAAGAAAAAGAAAAAGAAGAAGGUUAAUCAAAAAGCAUCCAAAGGUAGAAUUCUUAGAUACGAAGUAUUCCCAAAAUUAGAAAACUUUAUGACUCCAAUCCAAAUUCCAGACCCAGAUUGGAAUAUCGAUCAAUUAUAUCAAAAUUUAUUUGGUGGUGUUGGUAAUAUAGAUAAUUAA